UGCAAAACCAAGUCAGGAUAUGACAGAUUUAUUUCGCCAUAUAUCCUUGCAUGGCUAUGAUAAACUUGUCGACAGUGGACUACUCUCGUAUGAAAGAUUUUUUUGGUUUUGUCUUCAUGCCACGAUUUUUGUUUUUAUGUACAUUGCAUUGACAUUCACUUGGGAUCAAUUUGUAAUGCAAACGUUUUCCAUCAAUUUGCACAACCCAUUGUAUCCAGUGGAGAAUGUACCCUUUCCGGCUGUGUCCAUAUGCUCGAAUAAUCGCAUAUCACGGAAAGCAGCGGCAAAAUAUGCUCUUCAAUUAUCCCGUUUAGAUCCAGCAAAUCGUUCAGUAGAGUAUUUUGAGAAAAGCAUCUUACAUUUCAUGGGUUUAUAUUUUCAAUAUGAGCGUUCUGACGAUUUUGAUGCCUAUGGCGAAUUUCAAAAAUUCCUUGAUCACUAUGCUACAGACAACAAUGAAACCUUUUACAAUAUUUUAGGAGUUAUGAAAAUGUUAACACCAAGUUGCGAAAACCUUAUUAUCAACUGUAUGUUGGGCACCAAACCGAUUGAAUGUUUUAGCAAAAAUGCCUUUCAGAGCCAACUCACUAUGUAUGGGCCAUGUUGCACUUUCAACGCCAAUAAUGUUUAUAGCAAGCGCUCAUAUUCGACUCGUUAUGCUGGUAGCAAUAUGGGUCUUAUAGUGAUUUUGAACACCAGCCAAAGCGAUGAUACCGGAUCCCUGUUGAACAUGGAUGGUUAUGCUGUUCUUGUACAUGCCCCAAAUAAAUUUCCCGACACAUCAUCUGGUGGCAUUUUGGAAGUUUUUCCCAGUACGAAUGAAGAAUCGUAUUUGGCGGUGAGGGCUCGUGUGACAGACAGUGAUCCGGAUUUAAGGACAUUUACUGCAUCUCAUCGUAAAUGUUAUUUCGACAAUGAAUCCCCUUAUCCUCAAGUGCUUGUGAACAACCGAUAUUCCAUGCAGAAUUGCAUUACCAGCUGUCGAGCCAAAAGUGUCAUGGCUCUUUGCAAUUGUAUACCAUUCUAUAUGCCAUUGGCUUUAAUCGAAGGGGCCAAAGGGAUCCCAUUUUGUACUCUUAGUAAUAUUGAGUGCAUUCAGCAGUACAGAUUCAAAUGGCGCAAUGUACUCACUCAUCGCGUUGAAAUAAUGGGCUUGGAACGGGAACACGAGGAAGCUCUUUUCUGUCCUGCCUGUCUGCCAUCAUGCGAUGAUAUUCGCUAUAGCAUCUCCAUGAUGUCACUGCCAGUCGAUCAGUUUUCAUUUCUAGGGGGAGUAAGCGCACCUCAGUUGAAGGAUAGCAAUACACAAAUAUCGGUAUUGCGCGUAUUUUUCGGCGAUACCACAGCACAGUUUUAUAGACGUGUGCUUACCAAUGCAUGGUCAAAAGCAUUUUGUACAGUUGGCAACAUUGUAUCGAUCUGUAUGGGAUUUUCAUUGGUUGCUAUCUUGGAGAUGCUGUAUUUCGUCUUGAAAAAUUUCUUUGCGUCCUUGAAGACAUAUGUGAAGAAGAGUACAUCGCGCUCAAAAUGGAGAAGGGUUUCACGCUUAAGCACAGCAAACAGCAAACAGUUGUUAAUUUGCCCAUAAAUUAACAAAAAAAAAUAUUCGAAAUUCAAAUGCAAAGAUUUGA